UCAAGCAUACCUCCCCGCUGCAGUGAUCACGCAACGCGCGCCGCGACCGCCCGCGCCGCCAUCUUGUUUAGUGACGUCACAGCCGGUCAACGAGACACAAGAAUCCAAGAUGGCUGACUCCCAAGUGCGCGCGUUCUACGCCGGCAAAAACUUCUUCAUCACCGGCGGCACUGGGUUCGUCGGGCUGUGUCUGCUCGAGAGGAUCCUGAGGAGUCUACCUGACGCUGGCAAGGUUUACCUGCUGAUGCGGCCGAAGAAAGGGAAGAAAAUUGAGGAGCGGCUUGAAGAAUUUCCGAAGAAUCCGAUCUUCGAAACCCUCCUCCAAACCAACACACCCGACAUCUUCAAAAAACUAGUCCCCAUAGCCGGCGACGUCGGAGAACCGAACCUGGGACUCAACGCCGAAGACCGGCAGCUGCUGGUGGACAAUGUCAACGUCAUCAUCCACUCUGCUGCUACGUUAGAUUUUGAGGAGGGCCUCAAGCCGACAGUUAUAAUUAAUGUGCUUGGGACGAGAAGAGUUAUGGAGUUGGCUGGACAGGCUAAGAACUUAAAGGUCAUGAUCCACGUGUCAUCAGCGUACGUCAAUUCCUACCUCCAUGAGGCCCGAGAAAAGCUCUACGACGCACCAGAAGACGUGGAACAAGUCAUUGCCUUAGUCGACACUCUUUCUGAUGAAGCCCUAGCAGUUGUAGAACCAAAACUGCUAAAAACUCAUCCAAAUACUUACACUUUCACUAAACAUUUAGCUGAGCAUGAAGUCGCGAAGUAUGCUGAUAAAUUCCCUUGUACUAUAGUUAGACCAAGUAUGAUCGUCGCUGCGUGGAAGGAGCCAGUGCCUGGUUGGACUUGCUCCAAAGUAGGCCCGCAAGGUUUCUUAAUGGGUGCAUCUAAAGGCGUUGUCCGCAGACUGCCUUUAGCUGUCAAUAACAUCGCAGAUUAUAUUCCUGUCGAUGUAGUGGUUAAUGAGCUGUUGGUCGCCGGUUUUCAAACAGCAAAAUCGAGUACAGGUCUGCUUGCUAUAUACCACGCGACAUCGUCAACCCAAAAGCCAUACAGAUGGGCGAUGCUUGAAGAUACUAUUAAUGAAACUUUACAUAAAUACCCAUUAAAAAGCGCCGUUUGGUAUCCGCAUCUGAAAUUCGUUAAUUCUCUAUUAUUGUUCAGAAUAUCCGCCAUUUUUGUUCAUUUUAUACCAGCUAUUCUCCUAGAUAUGCUUCUACGUGUGACCGGAGGCCGUCCAAUCCUGUUUAGACUGCAUAGAAACGUAUGGAACUCGCUAAACAGACUUGAAAAGUUUAUUUUUACUGAAUGGAAGUUCCAUAAUACUAAUUCCAUUGAGUUAGCUAGUAAAAUGAAUAGUACUGAUAGUAAACUAUUUUAUAUAGAUAUAUCUGACAUCGAAUGGAGAGCUUACUUCACUGCUUUGCAUUUGGGAGUAAGAAGGUACUUAAAUCGUGAGAAAGAAUCUACUUUAGAGGCAGCGAGGGGUAAGGAUACCGUGUUGUUGGUUCUUCAUGUAAUUUGGCAGGUUUUGGUAAUUUAUCUUUUCUGGUAUUUCGUAGCUUUCUUGACUGGUCUGACCAUGACACAAAGUGCGUGGUGUGUGCCGGCGUUAUAUAUUUUGUAUAGUUAUUUAUAGACUGUUUUUUUAGCUAUUUGACUGCUGUUUAGUUAACAUAUUACUUUUUUAGGUAAACCGAUGAUACUUAAUUACAGUAGGUACAAUCAUAAAGAAAUAAGUAAGAGGGACCGUGCACGUUGGAGAGUCUGCCAUCUUGUGUUGUAAAUCGGAAUCGGCACACCAAAGCCAGUGCUGCCAUCUAACGUUCGCGUACGUUUUCUUGUGCAUCUAGGUUCUGCCAUCUUGUGGGCUGUACGGAACCAUAAACGUCAAAUUUACGCCUCGCGCCAAAAGCGCGCACUCUAAACAUACUUAUUUCUCUAUGGCAUUACUACUAAGCUGAACUUAUUCACUUGCUAAUUAAAUUUUACACAAUAAAAUGUAUAUACUACUCCCUUCUUCUUCCUCGCGUUGUCCCGGCAUUUUGCCACGGCUCAUGGGAGCCUGGGGUCCGCUUGACAACUAAUCCUAAGAUUUGGCGUAGGCACUAAUUUUUACGAAAGCGACUGCCAUCUGCCCUUCCAACCCAGAGGGUAAACUAGGCCUUGUUGGUAUUAGUCCGGUUUCCUCACGAUGUUUUCCUUCACCGAAAAGCGACUGGUAAAUAUCAAAUGAUAUUUCGUACAUAAGUUCCGAAAAACUCAUUGGUACGAGCCGGGGUUUGAACCCGCGACCUCCGGAUUGCAAGUCGCACGCUCUUACCGCUAGGCCACCAGCGCUACAAAACUGCGCUGCGCUGUAUAUACUACUAUUACCGUCAAAUGGGGUAACUGAGACAGGUGGAGUAGCAUUAGACAAAGGAAAUAUUUUCCAAUAAUAUUGUUUUCAACUUGGUAGACUAGUUUAUAGUCAUAAUUGUCUAAAGGUUCCCCUCUGUCCCCAUUAGACCCACUUGACCGUGUUAAUGAUGGUUUUUUGACUGUACUGUUUAACUUAAUGUUAUUGUGUACGCUGAUACAGUAACGUAAAGUUUUUAUUUUCUUGUUUUUACCAACGUUGUAGGCGUGUAUGUGACAUGUAUGUAUACCAGGGGUUCCCAAAGUGUGCGCCGCGGCGCCCUGGUGCGCCGUAGAAAAAGUAAAGAGGGGCGCCGUGAGUUCUAUCAUUAUCCGAAACCACAAAUAUUCGCGGGUACCUAUUUGAGCGCUCGCAGCGUUAAAUAAUAUAGCGUCGUGUCACUCUUUUUCGACCGUGAUUUUAAAUUUACAAGGGCGCCGUCGCAAAAUACUAAACUUGUAACUGCGCCGCAUGUUGAAAAAGAUUGGGAACCCCUGAUGUAUACGAUGAAUUGCGGGCAUUCCUAUUGAUAAUCAUCGAAUAACUCGAAUAGACUUAAAUUGGGCGUUCACACCCACUCCAGUAACUUUAUAAUUAUGAGAAAUAAAUAAAUGAUUAAUUACUAAAAAAAUUAAGGCGAGGGGGCGAAGUGCGCCAUGCAGUCUAAGUGCGCCUUCCUUGAAUAUAACGAAAACUGCUUAUAGAAUACUAAUAAUUUUACUUGUAACUUGCAGUUUUAUUAGUAGUAUUAUUACUAGUAAUAUUACUAGUAUUCUCACCUUACCUUUGAUAUUAUGAUAUUGAUACUUUAUGAAUAAAAUAUACUUUAUUUACAAUAACAAUAUACAUAAUGGAUAUAUACAGAUGAUUACUAUAACUAGCUUAUAUCUAAAAUAGGCCCUUGAGGCAUUGUACCAAGGAUGCUGGCGGCAUUUCCUCGUUGUAUCGCAAUACUGAUACGUUGUGCGAGACCCCCGCCAGCUCUUCGAUCACUUACUUUAUUUGUAAGAUAAUGCUCUACGUAUGUACUUAUUAAUGUGCCGACACGUAUAAAAAGGGACCUUCGGGCGUUUUGCGCUUAUGGUGUUAUUAAAUAAGUAUGUUCUGUUAAAAUGUGAGUAAAAAUUUUGGAUUUAAGGGUAUUUCGCCCAAAAAGUAUUUUUACACGACACAUUGUAUAUGUUACUGGUAACAUUAAUUUUUUUUAUAAAUAUUCUUUAAUGUAAUACGGAAAAUGGUAAUUUUAAAUUGGUACUAUAUUUUUGUUGUUAUAAUUAUAUUAGAAAUAGUAUAUAAUUAUUUAUAAACAAAACACUUGUUAUUAUUACAGAAAUAGCUUUAAAAAAGCAAAAAAUGUGAUAUUAUCUAUGAAAAGGGACCUUAUUGUCGGUGGCGCUUAUGCCAUUAUCAACGAUGCUCCCAUAUUAUAAACAACGCCGCGCUACGCUGUGCGGCGUAAGCGCCACCGACAAUAAGGUCCCUUUUCAUAAAUAAUGUCACAAAUAUUAAUUGGACUGUAAUUUUUGACAGUGACAGAACUCGCUCCAAUGACUGAUUCAUUUAUAAAAAUCGGUUCAAAAGUGAUGUCACUGAAGGAUGACUUACGUUAGAACGGUUCGGGCCGAGGCGUCCGGCGCUUCAGUUUUCUACAGAAGCAUAUUGUGAUCACCGAUCAUCUGUCAUAGAAAACGAUAGGUGAUCGAUGAUCGGUUAUACGUUCAUAAUUUUCUUUUAACUUUAGCGUAGUCAUUUAAACUAGAACCAGUGAAAAUAUAUGUAUUCAGUGUCUUCCCAGUAUUAUCAAAGGAUAAGAAAGUCAUAAAUAAACUUUAGAGCAAGGGAAGCAGGUAAUUGAAUGGGUUUUCGUAAUGUUAGUUCAUCGGUCCAAAUCCGAAACAUUAUAUAAUUUUUAUGUAAAGUUCCCUUUAUCGUAUAGAAAGCGGAAAUACCCUACAAACAUAUUAAAAGAUAAUUAUUUUUAUAUUUUUGUAAUAUAGAUAUGAAUAUUAUGGAGGUGGUUAAUAAAUGUUUAUUUUUUA